GGAGGAUGGUAAUCGCUUUGUGCCAACCACGAUUUUUUCACCGCUUGGCCGUCGGUUGACCCUCGAAUGGGAUUGGAGUGGUGAAUUGUCGCGAUUGUCUCAAGUCAAAGACGAAUAUCGAACCUUGUGCGACAUUACUUACAAUGCGUCGAUUCUACAAACAUCGAUAACUGUUUGGCCCAACACCAAGGACGAAUAUACGGUGGAGUUUGAUUUUAUCAACGAUCAACUGGACACCGUUCGCGGCAGGUUUCUGGUGCGAAGAAACUAACUUGGAAUUUCAUCUAUGAUCAACUCGUUGACAUAGUCGAUUUCGGGACGAAAUUAACAUUGACCCGUGUCGAAUAUCCAUCUGGUAUGAGAGAUGAGGUGGAAUACAACGUGCAAGAAGGAUUGAAACUUCCUGAACAAUCGAAUCGGAAUUCCACUGUGCCAGCUGUGCACACUCACACUCGUUAUCUGGGCAGCAAUCAACCGGAGAUGGUGACUCAAUACGAGUAUACAACUCAAAAUUUCCUCGGCUUCAACGGUGAUUGUGGCGAAUGGUCGGCUGAUAGAGACUACCUAUACCAAACGCUCACCGAUUACACUUACGGUUCAACGGAAACUGUGACGAGUGGCCAAGAAACUGUAACCACCGAACGGACCUACAACAGCUAUCACUUGGUGAUAUCCGAAGAGGUCAAGAGACAAAAUUGCACACAUCGCACUGAAUACACGUAUUAUGCCAAGCCUUAUGACAGCAUAGAGGCACAGCCCGCGCAAUUCCAGUUGCCAAAAGAGAAGAAAGAGAUUUUCAUCGACGAAAACAAGCGUACUCGUACACAGAUCACGACAACGGAGUUCGACACCAGUGGCAACCCAACAAAAGAAAUCAGCCCCGAUGGAACGGAGACUCGGACAACGUGGUACUCGGCAAACGGUGAAAACGGUUGCCCUGCUGAGCCGAAUGGCUUCGUCCGAUUCAUGAAGGAACAGAAAACCAUUCCACGGCGCAUCAGCGGUUCCGAAAAAGAGGUUUCCAAAAAAUACACGUACGCAAAACUAGGGGACACAAAUUAUGUCGUACAGGCUACUGAAUUGGGCUAUCAUGAUGGAGUGCUCUUUGAUCAACGAUCAACUGCAUACAAUAGUCAACGAGGAAGUGCUGAAUUCGGUCGCAUCACCAAAAUUACUGAUUUGUUUUAUGAUUUGAACGACAGAACGAAAUCUUAUUCAAACACAAAGAGGUUCACAACGGAGGUGAAAGAUGGCGAAAUGACACAAACCACACAUGCAACCGGUCACGAUGGCCUUCAAACGAAUUCAACACGGCGACAAUCCAUUUUCAACGGUCGUGUAUACAGCGAGAUUUCAUCUCAAGGAAUCGAAACUCGGUACACUUAUGAUGGCGUGGGUCGGUUAACACACAGGACUCUAUGCCCCGGCUCUGCUUACGAACACAGCACCACAUUUGAAUAUGGUAUUGAUACGCAGGGACCAUAUUCAAUCGAAACCGACCCAAUAGGAAACAAGAGCAAAACACGAUUCGACGGAGCUGGUCGUAUAAUCAACAGACAAAGAUUCGAUGCAGAUAAAUCGCAGUGGUUCAAAAUGUUUUCCAAAGAUCACAAUUCGCUGGGUGAAUCCGUCAGUAGCACGGUAAACGAUUGGCUGGUAGGCAGCUCUGGCAAAGGUACUAACUUCCCUUUGAGCUCAACUACCGCAUUUGAUGGUUGGGGAGAAAUGAAGAGCGUUGCGUUCUCAAACGGAAAGACACAACAUCAACAAGUCGACCAUAUCAAUCUCAUCCACAAAUCUUAUGAACAAGGGAACAUCAACAACGAACGUUUGACCAGCGGAAGUGUAAUCAAUUCAUACGAUAAAGUCAAUGGAAACUUAAUCAGUAAAACGCUGAAGACAGUGUCUGGUGGAGUUCACAGCACAACCCAACUUACAUGGGAUGGAUUAGGUCAUUUGCUCGAGGAAGAAGAUGAAAUGGGUGCAGUUACAAAAAGAACGUAUGAUGAAUGCGGCCGUGUUAUUACGCAAACAUUGCCAGAUGGUACCAUUGUGCGGCGGACAUAUGCACCAUACUCAGGUGGAAACGAAAUUGCAUCUAUCAGUGUCACGGGCCUAGAUGCCAGUGGAAGAACAAGAACGUGGUUAUUGGGAACACAAACGUUCGACAGUUUGGGAAGAUUGAAAGAGCGCGUUAGUGGAGGCAGAACCACUUCGUAUGCGUAUCAAGGUGCAUCUCCGAAGUCAUCAACUGUGACUUUGCCAUCCGGUAAAACCCUACACUACACGUACAUACCCGAGCUGGAUUAUGCGAUCAGCAGCAUGACGACUGAUGGUAUUACACAAACUUUCAGUUAUGACAAAACAACGGGAAAAUUGUUAUCGGCUUCUGAGUCGCCGUCUAUAAUUCAUUAUACUUGGUCGAAGGACGGACGUUUGACAGAGGAAUCGUUUUCGUAUAACGGAACAAGCAAGAGAUCAAAACAUGCUCAAACACUCAAUGAAGCGCCCACCUCGUACACGGAUGUGACGGGAAAGGAAACCCAAUACACCAUGAACUCACACGGCCAAGUCAUCCGUAUUACCGAUCCAAAACUUACGGUGGAUUUGACAUACGAUGCUUUGGGCCGACUGAAGACGAAAUCGGUGAACGACAAAACUUCCAAUUCAUCGCUAACCACUAGAUUGAGCUAUGAUGAUUUCGGCAGAGAAAUCAAACGCACGAUUGCAAAUGGCUCGGGAGUGACAGUGGAGCUUUCACAAACAUUCCAGAAAAAUGGUCUUCUGGCCACCCGUAGUACAAAGAGAAAUGUUAUUACAAUUCGAGACGAGCAUUUCGGCUAUGAUAAUCGCAAUCGAUUGGUAAGCUAUAGAGCCACCGGCAAUAACUUACCCACCGACGCGUAUGGUAAUCAAAUGACCAGUCAAUCAUACCAAUUUGAUGCUUUGAAUAAUUUGACUUCCGUAACAACUACGUUUAACGAUCGUUCUUCCAACACGGCGACGUAUCACUAUGAGAAUCAAAGCGAUCCGACUCAGUUGACAAAGGUGAUUGAUACACACAGCAAAUAUCCAGAAAACAUCAACCUUAGUUAUGAUGCUGAGGGUCGAAUGACCCAUGAUGAAGCCGGCAGAACAUUGUCCUAUGAUGCAAUGGGUCGGUUGAAGAGCGUCAUCGAGAAAAAUGGACGCACUACCACAUAUGGAUACGAUGCGUUGAGUCGACUGGUUACACAAAAAAUCGGCGAGAAUGAUAUUCGCCAUCUGUACUAUCGUGGCACAGAGCUGGUGAACGAAAUAUUUGAAUCCGAACAUCGCGAAACUCGCCUCAUCAAAUCUGGCCAUUCAUGCUUCGGUGUAAUCGAUGGAGACCAUCUUACGCUAACAGGCACGGACAAAAACGAUAGUUUGUUGCUGUCGAUGGAUAGCAAAAAGGGUGCUGGCAAUGCCCAACUAUAUGCUUGGUCACCGUACGGCAGCGGUGAGACCGACAAUCCGUUGCCCGGUUUUAAUGGCGAACGCGUCGACCCUUCAAGCGGAAUGUAUCACUUGGGUAACGGGUAUCGAGCUUAUAACCCGGUUCUAAUGCGAUUCAAUUGUCCCGAUAGCUUGAGCCCGUUUGGAGAAGGAGGAAUCAAUGCUUAUGCAUAUUGCGCAGGGGAUCCAAUAAACCACACCGAUCCAUCAGGCCAUUUGAGUUGGCAGGCAAUCACUGGAAUUGUGUUGAGUGUAGCUGCCGUCGCCCUCUCUAUUUUCACUGCUGGUGCAUCAAUCGCAGCGGCUGGAGGAGUGAUGGCCGCGAUGGCUUCAGCAUCCACUUCAUCGUUGGUUCUUGGUGGCUUGGGAAUCGUAUCAGAUGUAACGAGUAUAGUUAGUACUACAUUAGAGGAAACAGCUCCAGAAGCAUCAAGUAUACUCGGUUGGGUGUCGUUGGCAACAGGGUUCUCUGGGUUUGUCGCUGGUGCCGCCAAGAGUGCACCAAAAGUGCUGAAAACCAUUGGAUCUGCUGCACGAAAAGUUACAACAGGCGUAAAGUAUGGUGUUAAUUACCUAAGAGGAAUGGCGAAAACAUAUCAUAUUGCCGAAGCAGGUAGAUUAACUUUUAAAUCUGUGGUACAAGGAGCCAGUUUAACCGUUAAAAGACUUAAAUCAAUCGGUGAGUUCACCAAAGAUUUAAUGUCGAACAUUAUGGAUAUGAGAGAGAAAAUUGAAGAAGCUUUAGAAGAUGGUUCAUCACAAAAUCCAAGCGGCGUUCUUAGUAGCGGACAUGACAAUAACCUUGGUCUUAACUAUAGAUUAUCCAAUAGUGGUAAAAUAGACAGAGAUCCAGCUUUGCGUAGUUUAAAAUUUUUGCAAGAAGAAAACGAAAACAAAAACAAUGGUGGGAGCAAGGAAGUGCGCAUUGGCAAUAUGCGUACCACUCCUUUCAGUAAGAUGACGGAGUACACCAAGGGUGACCACCAUGUGGUAAUGGGCUUCUCUUUUGGUCGCAACGAUGCAACUUUGAGACACUUAUUAAAUAUACCGUCAGUUAUAUCGUAUGCUUAAAAAUUUCACCAAUAGACAGAUCUUCUGCGGGCGAAAUAUUUGUCAAACGAUCGACAUGGGAAACAACUUUUGAGUUUUUUUUCUAUUGUUAUUGAUUUAUAAUAAAAUCAAAAUAAAAAUACAUUGUCCCAAAAAUUCAA